UCAAUAAUUUUAGUUAUUGCUUGUGGUACAUCAAUACCACAAUCGGUUCCUCCUAAAAAAAAAAAAACUCGACAAAUACUUUUUGAUUGUCUUUGUGGUUUCAUGACAACUUAAACGGACAUGACAGUGACCAUGUCUUCAGACAGAAGCACCACCACACCCGAGCCUACAGAACAACCAACAGACCUGAGGACGAGGAAAAAGGACGAUGAUCUGGAUGAGGACGAUAUAGAUGUCACCAGCACGGAAGUCCCCCAUUCAACACCAUCCUUCCUCAUCCGCAAUCUUAUCGACGGAAACAGGGAAGACGACAGAAAAGAAGAUGGAAGAACUCACAUACCUCCACCCUCCUACCAUCCCAUGCCACCAUUCCAUAUGUUCCCCCAUCUAUUUCCCCGUUGUCCUCCAACGAUGACCUCCUUGUUCCCAAGGGAGGACGGUAGCGACCCGGAGGACGAGGACAGGGAUCCAUCUGUCACGUCUGGGGAGGAUAGAUUCAAAGAUGAUGAGGAAGAUCGGGAUGAUGUCACGUCAUCCAAAGAUAGUCACCACGCAGCAGACUCUGAUGCGGAAAAUUCUCUCCAUCACACAGGAAAUGACAGGUAUGAAGGUCGGCCGCAAAGAGAGGACAGUCCUUCAUUAAAGAACAAAAAACCAAGAAAAGCGAGAACAGCUUUCACGGACCAUCAGCUCAGAACGCUGGAAAAGAGCUUCGAAAGACAAAAAUAUUUGAGUGUCCAAGAUCGAAUGGAGUUAGCUGCCAAACUAAACCUCACAGACACACAAGUCAAGACCUGGUAUCAAAACAGGAGGACUAAAUGGAAACGGCAAGCCAUGAUCGGCUUCGAAGUAUUCCCACCAGAUGGAGCAGCUUUAUCCCGCUUUCCCAGACUUUGGGGCCCAGCACCAUCACCGUACUGGCCGUACAGUUACAGCAGCUACCUCUCCACCAUUUCUUCACUCUCAGGACUUGGAGCCUCCCAUCUCGGAGCCCCGACAUCUUCCACUGCUAUGCCUCCAUCCCUGGAUAUUUAUCAAAGGCAGACGACUCCACCUGUAACUACUGCACCAAGGCCGGUGUUGCCCAGGGUCGUUUAUCCUUCUGCCACUGGAUAUCCAUCAUUGCAGCCAUUUUAUCAAGGCCAAGCGACCCAGUGAGCUUAGCACGUUGCGUUUAAAAUACGAAGUAAUGGAAUUAAAAGAAAAACUCAAAAUGAAACAUGAGAAGAAUUUUGUUGAACAGUUUCUACAGUAGAAAAAAAAAUAUAUGACUUGUCACAGAAACACAUAUAAGACAUUUAUCCACUAGUUCAAAUGAUUUGCUGCCUAAAGACAACGUUGGUGGUAUAAGAUAUAAUUGGUAAAUUAUACUGGUUGAAUGUUAUGGUUCAGUGAUGUAUAUAUGUAAUUAUGAAGAGAAUUGCGGAUGAUGUAAUUUAAUGAUUCUUCAAAUGUGAAA